AUGCCUAUACCAGAACCCGGUCCGAGCACUGCGUCAACCCCCUCAUCCUCGUCCUCACCCGGGGCGGAGGAAUCAAGGUCAGUGAGUGGUGCGUCCACCAACACAAGCUCGGCCGAAUCCCCUGCCAGCCGGGUCAAUCCUCUUCAGACCAUGAGCCAGGGCGGCAGCCGAGCAUACUCGCUCGAAGACCUCGGGCUCUUUCUGCGGGGUCUUGACCUGAGGACCCCGCAGAGUUCCGUCGAUGCCCCGCGGGUCGACUACCCGCAGGAUAUGGCCUCCCAUACAUAUGAUGAAGAGAAUGCCCUUCAAGCUGAGAUCACAGAUGCAGAUGACGCUUGGCUAGUCCAAGAUGAGGAUCCGCAGCAUGAUAUGCUGAUGAUCAGAGUCGAUAUUGUGAUGGCUCAUUUGAGAAACAUGCUCCUGGCGAUUGUGGAUGGUCAACGAAGCCGACAUAAGCAAGCGCUCCACAAGUCGGCCAAGAGACUCGAAGAGCAGACCAGGAUACAACUCUUCGUGGAAAAUAAGUUGCGUGAAACAAUGCACAGCAAAUUCGAGCUUCAGAUGGAAUUAGACGAGGCCAUCAAGAAGAAAGACAAGCUGCAGGAGAGACUGAACACUUGCGAGCAGAAAACUGAAUAUCUGCAGGUUCAGCUUGCUCAAGCUAACGCAACCAAUCAACAAACCCUGGACCAACUCCUAGCGAGAUUGCACGCCACCCAGAAGCAGGUGACAAGGCUACAAGCUGAGCGAGAGGAACUGCUUAGGGUACUCGAGCUGUGCAACGCUAAAAAUGAGAUCAAUGAGCGGGAUCGGAGAUGGCGUGGACAGGCGGCAUUACAUUAA